GUCCUCUUCCCACCCUAUGCUACACUAUCAUUUUACCUAAUGCCACACCCACUCUAUAAAUACCCAUUUCCCUUGAAGCAAAACAGGUCAGGCCAUUCCCCAUUUCCACUCCAGAAAUUCCAGGAAAAAAAUGUCCAAGCAACUUUUCAUCUUCUCACAAUUGCUGCUGCUUUUUUUCUACCACUCCCCCACCAUUUUUGCCCAGUCUCCGGCGCCAGCUCCAGCGCCACUGGGUCCACCCAAUGUCGUCGGGAUCCUAAAGAAAGCCGGCCACUUCAAUACGCUGGUUCGGCUAAUGAAGAGGACUAAAAUGGAUGCUCGGAUUUUCUCCCUGCUCAACGACUCGAAUCCACUUACCAUAUUUGCUCCGACUGAUGAGGCCUUUGCUCGCCUCAAAUCCAAAACUCUUAAAUCAUUCACGUAUCAGCAGAGGAUUCAGCUGAUACAGUUCCACGUCAUCAAUUUUCUCUUCUCCCCAUUGGACUUCGACACGGUGACCAACCCGUUGAGCACACAGGCGGGAGAUAACAGCGGAUACAAGUUCCCGUUAAACGUGACUGUGGACGGGGAUCAGGUGACCAUAAGGACUGGAAUUGUCAAUGCAUCAGUUAAUGGCACAGUGUACAGCGAUAGCCAGUUGGCGGUAUAUCAGGUGGACAAGGUUUUGCUUCCGUUGGGUUUUUUCGUCUCUCCACCACCUGUGCCGGCUCCUCUACCGCCAAAAGAAGAGGCGUCUCCUUCAGAUGAGGACGACGAUAAGCCUUCUGGUGCAAUGCCUGUGAUUUAUAAUGGACUCGGUGCAAAGUCUUUUGUGUGUUCUGUUAUUAUAGCCUUUUCCUUGUGCGUUUAACUUGGGAGAUUUGGCUUUUGUGUGCCUGUGCUGUGUGAUGUGUUUUUCACUUCCCCAUAAGUCUAUUAUAAGUUAUUUU